AUGUCCGACGCUCAUGAAAUAUUCUCUCAGCUCGACAUAUCGGAGCAUGAAAAGGAUAAACUGGUCGGGGACGUGAUCCGCUAUAUUCUCUUCAGAUACGAACAAAAUGGACGCUGUCCGAUCAAGAGAGAGGAGCUGACGCAGCUGAUUACAGGUAAAGGCUACAAGCAGAGGAAUUUGCCGGCUUUCGUCAUCAACGAGGCUAAAUCAAAACUCUCCUCGAUUUUUGGUUACGAAUUGAAAGAGCAUCAGCGGUCUCGGCCUUCGGCCAAUCCCGGCCGUGCUUCUCAACAGAUAUUUAUUGUUGCAGCUACUGGUGAUGCUAAGUCAUAUACAAUCUUAAGUGAGCUGCCAGCUGAUGUCUACAAAAAGUUUGUGGAGGAUACGAGUUUGUCACAUGAGAUGGGUUUCGCUUUUGCAGUUGUUGGGAUUAUUAAUCUGAGUGGCGGAAAAAUUACCGAAGAAAAUCUUUGGCAUCAUCUGAGGCGCUUGGGAGUGAACGAAAACGAGGAAAACCAUCCAAAUUUUGGAAACACCAAGAUGGCAUUGGAAGCACUUGUCCAGCAAAGAUACUUGCAGAAAGAAAAAGUUAGUGGCCCAGAUGGCAACACUAUAUGCUAUGAGCUUGCUGAGAGAGCUCUAGAUGAAACCACUAACGACAGAAUCAAAGAAUAUAUCACCCAGAUUGUGCAAAAGGAAGUCAACCCGGCGGAGGCUGAAUAA